ACACAAACACGUCUCUGACGCUCGUGUCCUGGAGCUCAUGCUUGCCUAGUUUUUUUUAAUUAAUAUUAUUUUACACUCUAAGGAAAACCUAUAGGUCUAAACCAGUUGGUGUUUUACUGCCUUUUGUAAAGAGAUAUUUGACUAAAGCCCCGUUUGAACCCAAUUUGAUGUAUUUUUGCUCCUGCUCGAGGCAACAGUGUCUGAAGUUUAGCUUUUUUAUGUGUUGACCUUGUUCUUCAAGAGCGCCUGCGAGCAACUUAUGCAUUUUCAUGAGUGGCUGCUGUCACUUGGCUCCAGCGCGGGACACAAAGGGUCCGAGGACUUGUGGAGUCUUCUGCGAUCUCUGCCUCCUCCUCUGUCCUCCCUGCUCCUGUCCACCUCCUCGCUCCUGGGUUUAGGAGUGGUUGCCUCGCUCACCGCGUACUGGUUCAUGAGCCGCCCUCGACGCAUGCUUCCUCCCUGUGACCUCCAAGCCCAGUCUGUGGCUGUGAACGGAGAUCCCAGCUGCAGACGAUCGGCUCUUCUGAAAGAUGACACGCUGCUCGACUUUUACUUCGAUGACACCAGGACGGUUUACGACAUGUUCCAGAGAGGCCUCAGGAUCUCAGGAAACAGCCCGUGCCUUGGCUUCAGGAAACCCGGUCAGCCUUACCAGUGGAUCUCCUACACUGAGGUGGCUGAGCGGGCACAGGCUCUGGGCUCUGGUUUGCUGGCUAAAGGCUGUCAGCCCAACCCAGAUCAGUUUGUUGCCAUAUUUGCACAGAACAGACCAGAGUGGAUCAUCACAGAAUUGGCCUGCUACACUUACUCCAUGGCACUGGUGCCUCUGUAUGAAACACUGGGGAUGGAGGCCAUGGUCCACAUACUCGACCUGGCGGAAAUCUCUCUGGUGGUCUGUGACCGUGAGGAGAAGUGUGUGUGUCUGCUGGAGAACAAGGAGAAAGGCGUGACUCCGUCGCUCUCCUGCCUGGUUCUCUUCAACAGCUUCAGCGAAGCCUUCGCGGAGCGGGCGAAGGCCUGCGGGGUGGAGGUUCUGCAGCUGGAGCAGCUCAUGGACCUAGGAAGGCAGAACCUCAAAGAUCCUGUGCCGCCCCAGCCCCAGGAUCUGGCCGUGGUCUGCUUCACCAGUGGAACCACAGGGAAGCCCAAGGGAGCCAUGAUCACCCACGGCAACAUCGCCUCCAACACUUCCUCUGUCAUUAAGAUCCUGGAGGGUUCGUUUGUGAUCAAGCAAGAUGACGUGUCGAUCUCGUACCUGCCGCUUGCCCACAUGUUUGAGAGGAUGAUUCAGGUUUCUUUGUUCUGCCAUGGGGCCAGAAUAGGAUUCUACCAAGGCGACAUUUCUCUCCUCAUGGACGACAUUAAAACUCUCAAACCCACCUUCUUCCCAGUUGUGCCCAGAUUACUCAACCGCAUAUAUGACAAGAUCCUGGGCUCGGUGACGUCUCCGCUGCGUCGGGCUUUGCUUCACUUCGCUGUGAGGAGAAAGCAGGCGGAGCUCAGGAGCGGCGUGGUACGCAACAACAGCGUGUGGGACAAACUGGUGUUUAAGAAGAUUCAGGCCAUUAUGGGAGGAAAUCUGCGCUUUGUCCUGACCGCCUCAGCACCCAUCUCCCCUACAGUGCUGUCCUUCCUCAGAGCCACUCUAGGCUGCCUGAUAUUUGAGGGUUACGGUCAGACGGAAUGCACCGCAGGCUGCACCUUCUCUCUGCCGGGAGACUUUACCGCAGGUCAUGUUGGUUCUCCUUUACCUUGUGCCAUGGUGAAGCUGGUGGACAUCCCUGACAUGAACUACUACGCAAAGAAUGGAGAAGGAGAGAUCUGCAUCCGUGGUCCCAGUGUGUUCAGAGGUUACCUGAAGGACCCAGAACGAACAGCAGAGGCUUUGGACAGCGACGGUUGGCUGCACAGCGGAGAUGUGGGCCAGUGGCUUCCAAAUGGGAAGCUACGCAUCAUCGACAGGAAGAAGCACAUCUUCAAGCUGUCGCAGGGAGAAUACAUCGCGCCGGAGAAGAUAGAAAACGUCUACAUGCGCUCGUUUCCCGUGCUGCAGGUGUUUGUGCAUGGAGACAGUUUACAGUCUUAUCUCUUAGGCAUAGUCGUGCCAGACGUCGAGGUGUUUGUUGGCUGGGCUAAAGAGCGGGGAUUUGUGGGGUCCCAUGAGGAGCUUUGCCAAAAUCCUGAUGUAAAGAAAGCAGUAUUAGAGGACAUGACGGUUGUGGGCAAAGAAGCGGGGCUGAAGUCCUUUGAGCAAGUGAAGGACCUUCACUUGCAUCCCGAAAUGUUCAGUGUCGCCAACGGCCUUCUCACGCCCACGCUGAAGAGCAGACGCACGGACAUCCGCAAAUUCUUUCAGGAGCAGAUAACGAGCAUGUACAGCAAGACGGCCAUUUAAGAGACUCAGUAAUUCACACUCAGCAGCCGAGGAUUAGUGAAGUCAACUAAAACAAAAAAAAGGGAAGAAAAUUUAAAAAUAAAAUAAAACUGAAGGUGAACUUUUGGUCAGAAAAAUGUAAAUCUUAGACGUCCAGCAAUGGGUUGUAACUCAGUCUUGUACAUGUGUAAUGUGUUAACUAUUAAGUAACGGAAUGAGACCAGCAAUUAUUCAGUUUCACUCCAGACUCGAACAUGAUUUCACCUCGUCACUAAUCUAGAAAUGUGAUUUUACUGUUGUUUAGAGGAACCACGUAAGUUAUGAGGAAAAAAAACUGCACAGUCGGCAUUGAUUUUAUUCACAAGCAUGUUUUGUUUUGUUUUUUUUAUAUAGGGACACUGUUCUCAUGGGGCUGUAAAUGUUGCACUAAUUGUAGGCUUGUAUUUUAAGGUGGUUUGGUUUUCCUUGAUCAAAGCUUGAUGUUAAUGCAUUCUAACUACUUCUGUUGAGCAUGUACAUUUUGACCUGAUGUUUAACUAAUGAAUUUCCAGCAGCCGUGACUUUGAAAAAAUGUUCCAAUAUUGACAUGAAAAACAGAAAAUAUCUGAUUCCAUAUCUGAAUGGAAAACUGAACAGAAAUAAUAAAAAAAGAGUAACUGAUUAAA